AUGUACAAUUUUCUAUUCGACACUAUUGUCUUUUCAUUUAUUAUCGCUCUUGUCCAUAGUCGUGUGCAUAAUUUAAAUUUUAUCGAAGAUAAUCGUCCACUUAUUCUUGUCAGUUCAUUUGGCUAUUUACGUGGCGGUAGUCUGAAUAUAACAGUGUUAGAAUUUUCAUUUGACAAAACAACUGGUGUCAACGACACUAAGCAAAAUCAGGGUAAAUCGUGUGUACUCGAUAAAAAAGAGGCAUCCAUACCUGCAAUUAAAUUCACGAUUAAUUAUGCAACAAAUGAGCCAAAAAUAAUAAUUGAUCGUGGUUCGCUUGAUUUUCGUUAUAUUAAUAUUCAAGAAAUCAGUUCUAAUACUGCUACUACUCAACUGACAAAUUCUUCUUCAUCAUUCUCUGUACCAGCUACGAUUAAUGCGACAAUGAAUACAUCAGCAACGACUCAGUUAUUAAGGACAAUUACUGAUGAAAAUAAAAGCUUAAUAACAGAGAUACCAAUACAAAAGUUAUCUGGAACACAUCGUUAUAAAUUUCAAUUUAUACUGCAUGUAAAACGACCUGAAGAAGAAGGUUUAUACAAUUUAUAUUUUCAUAACUGUUAUAAUAUUAUGGGACCACAAAUUGCUACCAUUAAUCUAACCGCAAUUAUAACUGAGAGGAAUGUUGAUAAUUAUUUAUCAGCUGGUGAAAUUCCACUACCCGUACUUUAUUUUACAUGGGCUGUAAUCUAUUUACUAUCAGGAUGUUAUUGGUGUUUUAUUUUAAGAACAUCAGAACAAACAGUUUUCAAAAUUCAUUAUUUGAUGUUAUUAUUGGUUCUAACAAAAGCGUUAUCAUUAAUAUUCCAUGGGAUUAAUCAACAUUACAUUGCAACGAGAGGACGACAUGAAGAAGCGUGGGCUAUUUUAUUUUAUGUGACGCAUGUUCUUCGUGGUUUACUGUUAAUCGUUGCCAUACUAUUGGUUGGUACUGGUUGGACAUUUGUUAAACAUGUUUUAUCUUUAAGAGAACGAAAAUUAUUUAUUAUUGUCAUUCCACUACAAAUUUUGGCAGUUGUAGCUCAAGUAUUUUUAGAAGAAAAAGAAGAAAGUGAUAUUGUUUAUGUAACAUGGAAACAAAUAUUUUUUUUAGUUGAUCUAUUAUGUUGUGGAGCUAUUCUAUUUCCCGUUGUUUGGUCAAUUCGACAUUUAGAAGCAGCUAGUCAAACAGAUGGAAAAGCAGCUUCCAGUUUAAAUAAACUAAAAAUAUUUAGACAAUUUUAUGUUAUGAUUGUAUUUUAUAUUUAUUUUACACGUAUUAUUGUUUACAUUUUAAAAUUAACUGUUCCCUUCCGUUAUGAAUGGCUAGAGGUUCUAUUUUUUGACUUAACAACAUUUAUAUUUUUUGUAUUUACUGCCUGUAAAUUUCAACCGGCAAUUAAUAAUCCCUAUCUAGCAUUAUCGCAAGAUUCAGAUGAAGAAGAUUUAGAAAUGGAUGUACCGUAUGUAUUUUAUUUAAUUCUAUUCAAUUUUUUGCGAUUCUUAAAAUUAUUAUCAUAUACUCUUGGUUCAAUUGAGUACAAAAUUGAAUUCUUUUAG